GAGGCGAGAGCGACCCCUGGAUCGACUUAAAGCCCGCGCCCCACUGCAUCCCCGUGUCCAGCGCCUACGUCCCACCGCCGCAGCCACCAUGCCCAAGAGAAAGGCUGAAGGGGAUGCUAAAGGAGAUAAAGCCAAGGUGAAGGACGAACCACAGAGAAGAUCUGCAAGGUUAUCUGCUAAACCUGCUCCUCCAAAGCCAGAGCCCAAGCCUAAAAAGGCCCCUGCAAAGAAGGGAGAGAAGGUACCCAAAGGGAAAAAGGGGAAAGCUGAUGCUGGCAAGGACGGCAAUAACCCUGCAGAAAACGGAGACGCCAAAACAGACCAGGCACAGAAAGCUGAAGGUGCUGGAGAUGCCAAGUGAAAUGUGUGCAUUUUUGAUAACUGUGUACUUCUGGUGACUGUACAGUUUGAAAUACUAUUUUUUAUCAAGUUUUAUAAAAAUGCAGAAUUUUGUUUUA